AUGGAGUUUGGCAGAAUUCUUCCUUUCCUGGAACACAACUCCAUUCUUGUCACUGGUGCCAAUGGCUUUCUAGCUAAGAUCUUCAUUGAGAAGAUAUUGAGGGUACAACCAGCAAUCAAGAAGCUUUAUCUUCUUUUGAGGGCGCCAGACACUAAAACAGCCAUGUCACGUUUCGACACCGAGGUUAUGGAAAAGGACUUGUUCAGGGUUUUGAAAGAGAAAUAUGGGGACAACUUAAAUUCCUUUAUAUCGGACAAAGUUAGAGUUGUUGCUGGCGAUAUUACAUGUGAUAAUUUAGGUGUGAAGGACCAAUAUUUAUUGGAAGAGAUGUGUGAACAAGUUGAUAUCGUGCUUAAUUUAGCUGCCACCACCAAAUUUGACGAAAGAUAUGAUGUUGCACUUGGAUUAAAUACGCUGGGAGCUGGGCAUGUUUUAUAUUUUUCAAAGAAAUGCAAACAAUUAAAGUUGCUCGUUCAUGUAUCAACCGCUUAUGUUUCUGGUGAAAAAGAGGGGCUCAUAUUGGAAAGCCCUUACAAAAUGGGGGAGACACUCAAUGGAACAUUUGGAUUAGAUAUUGAUGAAGAGAAAAAAUUAGUGGAUGAGACACUAAAACACCUAAGAGAUGAGAAUCACACUGAAGACUUCAUUACAACAACCAUGAAAGACUUGGGAAUUCAAAGGGCAAGAAAAUUUGGUUGGCCAAAUACAUAUGUUUUCAGCAAGGCGAUGGGAGAGAUAUUGUUAGGGUACUUGAAAGAGGAAAUGCCUCUUGUAAUUAUUCGCCCCACAAUUAUAACCAGCACUCACAAAGAGCCUUUCCCUGGUUGGGUUGAAGGGAUCAGGACUAUUGACAGCUUAGCUGUUGGAUAUGGAAAAGGAAUAAUAACAUGUUUUCUUGGCAAUCCCAAGGGCAUAAUCGAUGUGAUGCCAGCAGACAUGGUGGUUAAUGCAAUGAUAGUGGCGAUGGCAGCUCAUGUGAAUGAUAAUGGCGGAAAUGAUAAUAUAUAUCACGUUGGCUCAUCUUUAUCAAACCCUGUGGAGUUCACAUGGCUUCAAGAUUAUGCACUCACAUACUUCACAAGACAUCCUUGGAUUAACAAAUAUGGAAAGCCCGUGAUCGUUGGCAAAGUCAAUGUCCUGAGUUCAAUGGAUAGUUUCCAAAGAUACAUGACCAUUCGAUACAUUCUGCCUCUCAAGGAACAAAGAGAAGAAGAAGACUACGGGUGA